CUUAAUGCCAAGCUCAGGCCAUUGGUCUAUGGAGCUCAGUAAUGUCUCUGCUGCCUGGUAGCUGCUCUUCAGGGUUUCAGAGAGAAUGCUCCCAGCCCUACCUGAAGAUCCCAUGGGUUGAACCUGGGACCUUCCGCAUAGAAAACACAACACUCUACCACUGAGCUACAUACAGCCCUUUAAAUGGGGAGCCAGGAUCGUUUGCAAUUGGAGUUGUGUUGGAAAUGACCCCUCGGGACCCUCCCAGUUCCAUCCUGGGUGCUUGGGAGCUCCUCUUCCUCCUUGUUGCCCCUCUCUCCGGCCAGUUGUGCCCAGUCCCUUGCGAGUGCUCAGAACCGGCCCGCACCGUGAAGUGUGUCCAGAAAGAGCUGACUUCCAUCCCAGCUGGCAUUCCUGGAUAUACCCGCAACCUCUUCAUAACCGGCAACCAGAUCGCCCACAUCGGCAGCGAGGAUUUCAAGGGGCUGCCAAAUUUGGUCACACUCUCUCUGGCCAGCAAUAGGAUUAACACCAUAGAGUCACAGGCCUUCUCUACUCUCCAAAGCCUGUGUUACUUGGACCUGAGUCAUAAUCUUUUGGCUGCCAUCCACCCCAAUGCUUUCAACGCAAGGAACAACUCCAUCCGAGAGCUGAACCUCAGCCACUCGCUAUGCAACUCCUCCGCCAUCCGCCCUGUGGCGAAUGCCCUGGCCCAGGGGGGCUUCCAGAACCUCUCCAGGCUGGAACUCCCCAGCAAUGAAAUUGUCUACUUGCCAGGCGGCAUGUUCUCCACGCUCUCCAAGCUCAAGCAUUUAGACUUGAGGAAUAAUUCCUUGGUGGACAUCAAGAACUCCACCUUUGUUGGCCUUGAUCUUAAAUACCUUGAUUUGACCUCGAAUUCCUUCAAGACCCUGAGGAGAGAAGUGUUGUCUGCCCUCAGGAGGCAAUCGCACCUCCGCCUCUUCCUGAAGGACAACCCCUUUGUAUGCAACUGCGACAUAGAAGACCUGGUGAACUGGCUGAACCAGAGCCGGCUGGUGGUGGAUGUGGAGAAGUUAGCUUGUGCCUUCCCACAGGAACUGAAAAAUGCCUCCCUGGUGGAAUUGGCUGGGGCAGAUCUGGAGUGCCACACCAGCCAGCAUGGCGAAAAUGUUCUUCAGACAUCCUACGCGGCUUUAGGUGCAGUCCUAGGAGUCAUUGGUGUCAUCUUCCUCUUUGUGCUUUACUUGAACCGUAAGGGUAUCAAGACAUGGAUGAACAGCAUGAGGGAUACCUGCCAAAGUCUGAUGGAGGAGUAUCAGUAUCGCUAUGAAAUAGACUCCGAUCGCCACAUCACACAGGUUUCGACACUGGAUGUAUAACGCUGUUGAUAACUUGGGGGGGGGGCUUUCCAAUGUUCCUUUGCUGUGUCUAUCAGGCACCCUGAACUGAUGGCACCCAUAGUUUUUGGAAGUGGGCUGUUUAGAAAUGCCUUCUCUGCCGUUGAAAACCCAAGCCAAUUAAGACAGAGGGACCUGUGGAUCAAAACUCUGGGUGUGGCCUCAAAGAGCCUCCUUUUAUAUUC